AUGCCGCGUAACUGUUUUCCAUAUUUCGUUCAAAUAAAUUCUUCAACGAACUCGCACAUUUCCGAUCAUGAGCGGUUCUGCUCAAGAGAGCCACUGACGGUCUCGCGUAUUCAUGGCACACAUGACCCAACUCCCGUUGCGGGUAACGAUAUCCUUGAGAAAAUCCUUCCCGUGUUAGUGGACAUGCAAAGGGUCAGAGAAAUCGUGAUCCUUAUUGGUACGCUUUGUCCGAGUCACGUAGCUCAUGUGCCACCAUUUUCGAGAAAACUUUACUGUAACCAAGAUCAGGAAAGUGAAGAUGUUUGA